CAGAGAGGGGAUUCUGUAGAAAGCAUUAGGCUUGUAAGCUAAAAAACCUCUUCCACAGGGGGAGAGACGAGCAAGUGACACAUGCGUGAAGUGGAGCCGGGGUUUUAGAGUUGCUGCUGCUCUCUUGGAAAUGGGAAAGGAAGGUUGGGAACGUGGCCACAAAGUGCAGAAGCUCCCUUGAACUUCUGGACUUGUAGUAACAUCUUUUCACAGGAAAUGUGACGGUCCUAAAGCUGUUCCGCACAAAUAUUUGAGUACUUCAGGCUUUCAGGACGUCACAGUUGUCCCUUGCACCUCAUUUAGCUCUUAACUACAAUUCUGGCAGAGGGGAUGGUGUUCACAUGUCUUUGCUGAGUGUACCUACUUUUCUGCUCAGUCCUUCGGUUUGCUGUUCAAAAUAUAACACAGUAAAGUGCCCUUAUAACUGACAUUCAGACAAGGAACAUUACAGCAGGAAGUUAAAUAAUUAAAUUGUGUGAGGAGGGUCAGCCGUAAAUUAUUUGUUUACCUGUGUUUCCAAGAAAGGGAAAGCUUGGUGUGACUGAAAUAAAAUCUGUAUUGUAAAAGCGUCUUCCAAAGGUGGUGAGCUAAAUGUACUCUACUAAAUGGUGUGCAGGCUUCACUCAUAAGUUUGACAGGUUUCUGGGCUUGUUGGUUUUGUUUGACCUCAACAAGCUGACAGAUGUAAUAUCUGGAACAGGUUUGAGAUGCUGAUGAAGCCUAUAAAAUGCUUCUCAUAUGUUCCCUACAUAUUUCAGAGAUCCAGUCUCUCCAAACUGGCAUAUCAGGAUACGGAUUUGCCUCCCUACCAUAAUAUUUUCAGCAGUGUUGAAUGUCCUUUCCUCCUAGAGUGGUUUGUUUCCGAAAAUUUUUAUCUAUUUUGUCAAUUCCUGCGCAUCCCCUUUUAUAAUUUUGUAUUUAAACAAAAAAAUUCUUUUGCUAGGGCAUAGUUACUUUCUGCUUUUCAUUCUUGAAUAAGUUCUUUUGAUCUCAUGAAUCCCAUCUGAAUGCUCUAGGCCAUAUAUAAGCUCAAGAGCAAUUUUGUGUCAGUUUGCAAAGAUAGUCUGUAUAAAAUGGGAUGGGAAUUGUUCUGUGGGGAUGCUCAGGCAUUGAAUAUGUUACAUCUUUGUCAUUUGACAAAAUGACAAUGGCACAUUUUGUUCACUGAGCUGUUACAUUUUGUUUUCUAGAAAUUCGUGUAGCUCUGUUCUCAAAGUGAGCUUUGUUCAGACUUGCUCGUGGGUUGAGGCACCACAGCCCACUGCAUGUGGGCUUUUUUUCUUUUUUAAAAUGAUUUUGUAUUCUUCAGAGCUUGAUUUUAAUACUUGUAACAGUUGUAAUCAUCUUGCUCUUUUUAGGAACUUCUCUACUCUUCAUACACUCGGGUCUCCUGUGGAGAAGCUGUUCUCAGGUUCUAGUGGAUAAUGGAGUAUAAAUGUUUAAAGAGUAUCUGCUGUCUGCUUUGGAUGAAACCUGACCUAUUUCUGACACUGAAUGACAGCAGAUCCAUGCAAAGGCAUCCUGAAAAUGAGCUUCAUAAGAUCAGGAGGAGUUCAGUUCCUACCUCUAUAAAUUAUCUAAGCCAUCACAGUUUAUUAGGAUUGCUGUAAUCUUUAAUUAUUCAAUUUAUGGGAUAAUUUAAAAUUACAUUAGUGUGAGGUUAGUUAUAAUUUAAAAUAUGAAGGGAAUUUUGAGAUACAAGCUUUAGAACACCUACUAUGGUAAUCCUUAAAAAGAGAAAUAUUCUGUUUCUUUCUGCGUGAAGAGUGGAAAGUGGGAUUGUGGAAUGAUGGAAGUACUUGGUGCUUCUAUUUAAUUUAGGGACAAUUACUAGAUAUCAUUGGCAGCACCUCAAAGUACUCACAAGACAGCCACAGUUUCCUUGCUGUGGGAUCUUUUUGUGCAAAAGAAAUUGGCAGUUAAAUGAAUACACUUAGCAGGUAGAGAUGUUCUUUGUUUGCUUUUAAUGCCUUAUCCUGUUAUGUUCAUGUAAGUCUUACUCAUGCUUGAAAUUGCUCCUUAUUCUCUGUCAAUCAGCAGGGCUGUGGGACCUGUUAGUGAGACAAGCACUGAAAUUUUGUAGCUGGAUGUGUCUUGCUCCUCUAACUUGAAAGUUUCUUUCUGUGCUGUGGCCUGGCAUUAUUAUUUGGGAUAAGUAGUGUGUGGUGACUGCCCAGAUCUGUAAAAGGGGGUGUGGAUGAAGUGUGAGGGGAUGGAAAAGGGAAAGAUAACAAGACUGAGCAGCCAAUUCUGCUGCCUUUUUUGUGCAGGAUGCCUAACUAUGUUAUUGUUGAUUUGGUUUUCUUUUUUUCCCUUUUUGUUUCUAGGAGUGAUAAAACCUUGGCUCUGAAGUCUCUCUGCCAGUCUCCUUGGGUUGCUCUGGCCUGCCCACAUUAUUCCUGUAGCUUUGGUGGCUCUGGAUGGCUGAUGAAGAGAGAUGUUCAAUCUAAUGGCCAAUUGCUGCAACUGGUUAAAACGGUGGAGGGAACCUGUCAGGUGACACUAAUAAUGGUGGGUCUUGAUAAUGCUGGGAAAACUGCUACAGUCCGAGGAAUUCAAGGAGAAUCUCCUGAAGAUGUGGCUCCAACCGUUGGGUUUUCCAAAAUUGAUCUUAAACAGGGACGCUUUGAAGUCACCAUCUUUGAUUUAGGAGGUGGAAAGCGAAUUCGGAAUAUCUGGAAGAAUUAUUAUGCUGAGUCCUAUGGUGUCAUAUUUGUGGUGGAUUCCAGUGACAUUGAAAGAAUGGAAGAAACAAAACAAGUCAUGAUUGAAGUUUUAAAAAGCCCUAAGAUAGCAGGAAAACCUGUGUUAGUGCUGGCAAAUAAGCAGGACAGAGAAGGAGCACUGUCAGAAGCAGAUAUAAUCGAGUCGUUAUCUCUGGAAAGGCUGGUUAAUGAACACAAGUGUCUCUGUCAAAUUGAACCUUGCUCAGCAGUCAUGGGCUGUGGAAAAAAAAUUGAUAAAUCAAUAAAAAAGGGGUUAUUUUGGCUCCUCCAUAUCAUAGCAAAGGAUUUUGAUGCCUUACAUGAGCGCAUCCAGAGAGACACAACAGAGCAAAAAGCACUUGAGGAGCAGAAGAAACUGGAACGAGCUGAGCGAGUCAGGAGGAUACGGGAGCAGAGGGAAAAAGAAGAAGGAAAUGCACCUGAGGAGGAAGACCCUGAGCCUGGGAAACAUGGAAACCCCUUCCAGCCUAUAUCUGCUGUAAUCUCUGAGAAUGAAAAACAGCUGGAAAAGGAAAAGAAGAGGCAAAAGUUGGAGACUGAAAAGGCUACAAUUGUUUUGAAUCCUCAAGCAGAGCAGGACCACAUAUCAAGUAGCAGUAGCCAAAACACAAAUGACAGCAGGUUGGAAAGGUGCAACUCUACGACUGCCCAGCUUUUGCAGCAUACAGAAGAGAGUGACCAACAAGCCUCAGAAUGCCUUGACUCAGAUAACAGUAAGAAAAAAAGUAAAAAACCAAAAUUAAAAAGGGGCCACAGAGUAGAACCUGUUAAUGCAGAGGACUCUCUUCCCAAGAAUCCUACACCACCACCAGCUCUUCCACCAGUUGGAUGGGGAACUCCCAAACUUAAUAGACUUCGAAAACUUGAGCCUCUUGGUGAAACACAUCAUCCUGAUUUCUAUGGAAAGCCUCUGCCCCCACUGACUCUUCGCCAGAGACCCAACAGUGAUACCCAUGAUGUCAUUGCUUAACUGGAGCACAAAGACAAUUUUAAAAAACAUAAUUUAAAAAUCCUAUCAUUUUUUUUACCCUUGAAGGAAAUUUUUUUAAAUGACAUUUUAUCAACAUGGGACAGCUCAACAUGGAGUUCAUCCUGUUGUACUUAGGUGGUCAGACUUUAUCAUUUACUUUUCACAUCACCAGCUCUUCAGGAUUUAUUUGGUUUACUUGUGAAAAGACAUGGCUAUAAACCUGAAGAAAAAUACCUUCAAGAUCCUACAAUACUGGAUUGUACAUUCCCACCGAGACCUUUCUUCAGGUGCUGUGCAGGUGUUGGCAUUUUUUCAGGGAAUAAAUGAUUCUAAAGCAUUUUGUAAGAUUCCUGUAUGAUAGGGUGAAUGUAGAAAGGUUAAACAAAUAUUGAAUAUAUUUUUCUAUCUUUUUAUAAAAUGAGUUGGAAGUUUGUGUGGAAUGGUGUACCUACAAACUAAUAAAGUAGGUAAUGUAGGUAAAUGUACCUGUAUUACCAAUAAAAUGAUACCUAGGGAGCAUUAGAAAGCUGAUAGUCAAGUGCAUAAAAAUAAAAUGUGUUUGACUCUUACAUUUAUCUUACAGUACCAAUAACUUUUCUUAGGUAUUACAUUACAUAUUUCAUAUUUCUGGCAAUCUAAAGCAGAGGGUAAGAUAAAAAAAAUUAAAAUAAAUGUAUUUUAUACAAAAUAAUGCUGUUUGAACUGUCUGGAAGUUUUCUUAUCCGUUGUUUUCUUUGUUUUGUUAACUGAGUUUGACAUAGGUAAUAAAUUCUGUGAAAAAAAAUAGUCAAAUCCUGUAUUGUCUACUACAACAAACAAGAAAAUUGCACAUAGUGGGAAAUUUGCACUAAUUAAAUCAUCAUUUUUGAUGGGAAACUGAAUCAACCAGUAUGCAGAUGACCUCCCACAGGUUUUAAUCUCAAUAAUACUAAAAUACCAUCUUUCAUACUAAAGAAACCCCAGGUUUUUAAGGAUUUAUAUAACACUUCCAUAUAAUGUGUUGGAAGUCACAUACAAGUGAUAUCUAAACAAGAUUUACAAUUUGCUAUAUUCCUGUUUAAUGUUUUUACUGUUACGUUGGAGACAACCAGUGGUGUAUUUGUAAAGGUUCAUUGUUCUGCCUUUUAAUGACAGAAUGAAGUGCCCAUUCAGGGGGUUUUUUGGAGAAGCAGUGUUUGAUAAUUUUAUGUUAUGCUCUGUUGUCAAUAAUGUGGUUUUACCAAAGGAGUUUUGAUGUUGGAACAAUGUGUUGUGUUACAUGUUCAGCACUUUUUUGGUACUGGAAAUCUUUGCCAUACGCCCUUUGCAGCAAGGAGUUGCACAAACAUCUGCCAUACUAAAAUGAAAUUAUUAAGAUUUUAAAAGAGUAAGGUGGAAUCAGUCUUAAGGGUACUAAGUUUGGUGGAGAGGUUUAUUCCUCUAUGUUUGCUAGUUUAGAGAAAGGAGGAAACAAUUUCUAUGUGACUACCAGCAUGAGAAUACUUUUGUUGUAUUCUAAUACUGUAACACAAUUCUGUUGGAUUAUUCUCAGGAUUUGGUCAUUUUCCCUUCAGACAACACAAUACUAAGUGGAGGCGAGGUUGCACAAAAAUUUUAUAUGUGCAAUCUCAACUUUACUAACACUAGCUCUGUUACCACUUAAGUUUUUGGCUUAAAGGCUCUACAUUUUCAGGCUUACUUUUUUACAGCUUCAAUUUAUAGGAAUGUAUUACCCUUUUGUUUUCUCUCUUUCCUAAAAUAAAGUCAUGGAAGUCUUUAUUAAAAAUUAAGCUAAAUACUGCUGUGGUAACAAAAUUUGAGAAACUAAUAUGUUGAUGCUUAUAUAUGAACUGUGUGUUGUGUGCGUGGACACAUGUAUCAUUUUUGAUUUUUGCUUUUAAAAUAAAUUUUAUCAGUAUGUGACCAAUGUACUCAAAAAUGUUUUAUAAGUUUGUAUUUUAUUAAUAUGCUUUGUAAUUAUUUACUGUGGUGGGGUUUUUUCAGCUAUUUAUACUGCUAUGACUUUUUAUUUGCUCAAGAUGACAUUUAUAUAUAGAAUAAAACUAAUGCAAAACAUCAA